UCAUCGCAAUAUUUACUAUUGCUCUUGCAUAAAAUUUUUUCAGAAAAAUCCCUUUAAUUAUUAAUUUUCGCGACAAAAUCUCCUCAAAAAUUCCCUAAAAUGCCGACUUACGAGCUCGUUUUGAUCAUGCGACAGAUGGCACGGCCGGAUUUGGUUUCAGCACUCAAACGAACAUCAAAGCAAAUUUUCGAUCAUGGAGGUUUUUUGAGGAAACUCGAGAAUUUCGGCACAAAACAACUUCCCUUCAAGAUGAGCAAGAACGAACAAACGCAUCGCGUCGGCAUUCACUACUUGAUGGAAUUCGAUGUGCCUCCAACGCAAAUCGACAGCUUGCACGAAGAGUUUAAACGAGAUGUUGACAUUAUUCGGAAGCACAUUGUGAGGAAAGCGGAGCCGGAACCCGUUGAAUGUACGUUGCAUGAGGAGUUGCUGCCGGCUGCAUAUCGCAAAGAUGUCGCCGAAAUGAUCCACAAAGCGAAAAAUAGCAAAAAACAGAGACAAGAAGAAAAACGGACUGUGUGGAAGUCAAAUACGGGAAUGGAUUAUUAUCCGUUCUUGCGUUAAAAUCGACUUUUGUAGGGAAAAAUUUCUUAAAUGUAGUCUACUUUACAAAUUUAUUAA